AUAAGAUAAGACAUGAUCAAACGUUAAUGUAUAAUAAUAAAGUGAAAGCUGUUAGUAAUACAUAAAGACAGAGACGAGUAAAACACUACAUCAGGAUGAUGCGGUACAUGACACUUGCAGUACUGUUUAAAACGACUGUAUGGAGGUGUGCCGGGUCCCAGUCCGACUGUACUAAAUAUAUGUAUGGGACGGACUUUCUGUUUGCUUUUCCGGAUAUCCGCCACUACAACACAAGCCAACUUAUAUAUGACCCGAGGCUGAGCAUGCGCAUUAUGGCAAACUCAUUUUCAAAGUUCGAUAUCAUCAUCCCCAGUACAAGUUCCGCGAGCAAGACUCCAUUUCAAGUCACACAUAAUGCUGCGUAUGGUUCAGAGGAAGUGGUUUUCAACUCGUCAUUUAUAACAGAGUAUCAAGCCUCAGGCCGCACUAUCCCCGGACGUGUUAUCGAAAUUUCAGCAGUCUAUCCCGUUUCUCUUUUGAUGGUGUAUGAUCUGUAUUCGUAUAUUAUAACUAGUCCAAUCAUACCUACGAAAUCGCUUUCCGAAAAGUAUUUAAUACCGGCUUACAAUACAAACGACAAUGAACAUAGUCAGGCACAAAUUCUUGUCGUAGCUGUCAACGACUCAACAGUUGUUCAUAUAGAUAAGCACAGGGUCAUAUCACAUAGAAAGUUGCUCAACAAGUAUGAGACGUUUGUUUACAAAAGUAACUCCGAUUUAAGCGGAUAUUCUGUUAGCAGUAAUAACCCCAUUGCCGUUUUUUCGUCGGUAACAAGCGGUUAUAGUCCGAACCAUAAUGACAUGAACGCUCCACUCUUCAUGCAGGUUGUACCAAUAGGACUAAAUGCCACCCACUUCAUCGUUCCAGCUUUAGCUGAUACAUCCACCGUGCGAUACUACAAGAUUCGUAUUUAUGCCGAACUAAAUACAUACGUACAGAUUCACUCAACUACUGAUACGACAAAAAAGGUUACGGUUUUCGCAGAUAUAUUUUACGAAGUAACAACUGAAAGCUCGAGCACGCUGGAAAUUGUAUCGCACGGUUCCAUUAUGGUGCAACAGAUCGCUUUGAAUUCUCAACGAAAAGCCUUAUUCAUGACAAAUAUACCGGCAAUUUCGCAAUUUGAUACACUCUACUACACCGAUUACACCCAUUCAGACUCCGCGGAAAUGUACAACAUGACAUAUAUCGUUGUCAUCCGUUAUGACGUGGCAUCAGGUCUACUGGUCAAUGACAGAGCUCUAGUGCACAAUCCCGACGAGGUUGCCAGUGCGACCCCACUUGGUGAUUAUACGGUCCUUACGAUACCAAUGUCCGCUUUAACUAGCCGAGUGGUCGUGUCUCACCUUGGCUACAAAGUACGUUUUGGACUUUUCAUUUAUGGUUCAUCUGGAACUUUAGCUUACAGUCACUCUGCAGGAAUGCAAUACAAAAAUUGGGUUGCAAUACUCAGUCCGGCAGUUCGAUCGUGGGCUGAUAGGCAGAAAAUUCAGGAGCAUUUUGUAAGCACGGGAAAUUGCAGGACUCGAAAAAUUACUGAAAUAUUUGAAAUGUUCAUGUAAAAUUUAUUUUACCAGCAUUAAAAUUACAUGAUA